UGGAAAUAUGGGUUGUAACGCAUUUGAAACCGAUUGCAUCUUAAUCUUACACCCAUCAUAUUACUAAAUGUUGCCUACUGUUUUCACUUACAAACCAUGUUUCCCAACUGAGUCGUUAGAUAACUUUCCUUUUUGUUCUUUUUGCUUACAUACUCUCGCACACACUGUUCUCUGUAUCACACCAGAACACUACGUACGUUUAUACUGAACUCAAAUAUACCAAAAAACAAUAGUUUAAAUAUGAUUUUCAAGCUGUUGACAUUUUUAUCAGUAUCAACGCUUUUAAAUAGUGAAGAAAAUGUCAGUUACACAUUGGAAAAUGCCGUUGGGCUGAAAAACACCCCAAGUUAUUCAGAUGAUUUAGUUCUCUAUUCGAUAGGUGUUCCAACGUAUAUAAGCUAUGGAGUCAACGAGGUUGGACCACUGAUCAUUCCUCAACUAAAGCGAACCUCAUGUGAAAUGGUUUCUGCGAGCUUUGGCCAAUCAUUCGUAAGUUACUGUGAAUGUAAUGUGGUAGAAACUGAAACAACGAAUAAUUUUAGGACAAAUAAUGUUAAAUGUAACCGCUUGGGUGACGUUUUUCUGAUGGUCAAGAAUUCAAAAAUGCUAAAAAACAUGAAACUAAACGAAAUCAGUCGUGAAGAUAUUGUGUCUAUUGUUAUUUGUUACGAACAAAACACAAACUUACCGAUUUUAUGUCCAACAACAACACCAAACAUUAUUAUCAAUAGCUCAAAUAAAACUAUUUGCUCAGGUGUACCAGUAUCGGUGCAUUUGAAAAUGACAUAUGAAGUAAUUGGUACAAUUAACCAGUUUGAAGUUCAUGCUUUAAUUGGUAGCGUAACUGGGACAUUUACACAAAAAUAUGAAGUUGAAUUUGUCCAGACAAAUGCAUCCGACGUUUUACCAAUGAGUGGAAAUCCGGGCUAUUUAAUUGGUCGUCCAAUAAUAGGCGCUAAGAUAAAUGUAACUGAUUUAUCGUCGCUUGGAUACUUAGGAAAUACUGGUUCUGUCACGACUAUGUUGCCCACAUCAAAUAUGAUGUUGUCUAUCAAAGGUGUAAAACAACAACUAAGUAAUGGAGUUUGGAAUAUUCUUGCUGGUGGUUCAUGUGGGACCGUUUUACAAGGAAGAGGUCAUUUAGUAGAACCUAUUAGAUUUGGUGAAGAUGUUUACAGUGGAUGUACAUUAAGUUUAUCAUUUCUUGAACAAUUUACAAGACCUGAAAUGGAUUGGACUACACGUUGUGUACAAUAUCAAAAUAUAAUAUGGGAGAAUUUACUUAAUCCCAUUGGGAUUACAAAUGAAGAAGAUCGUAAAGGUUUGGGCAUAAAUUUCAUGUCAAACAAACCAGAUUUAUUAGCAAUAUGGCCAGUAUCUAAAAUAAAUCGUAGUUCUGAAUGGGUUCCAAUACAAAAUUUAAUUAAUAAUAAUUUUCCAACUACACCAAGAGGUUUGAAUGGUUAUUGUUAUCAAUUAUUAAUUGGACAAGAGAUUGAAAUACAAUAUGCACGUUUUGGUUCAAUGAUAUUUCCACAAAAUCAAAUUAUUGGUGCUAAGUGUAAUUAUAUUUAUGGUGAUGUAUUUUUCAUGAAACCUAAUUUCAACAUUGAAAUCACACAACGAGUUCGGUUCACUGACGUGACACCGCUGGCUGAGACUCGGGAAAAAUUACGCCCCUAUUUCCUUGUGCGGUUACCAAGUGACUUUUUCUAUCCAUUUGCAUAA